AGCAAAUAAGACUCAGGGCUCUCGAUACAUUGUUGAAAUAGACGUCCAAGCGAAUGGUCUGCUUUAAAAUUGAUCAACGCGAUUAUAAAUUUAUAAGCUGCAAGGUGCUAAAUAUUAAAAGCUUUUGCCAUGGCCGAGGAGUCGAGGACAGUUGGCGCAGAGUCCUGCAACGCACCUGCUGCAGUUGAACAAAUACAAUUCUUGCGCGACAAGCUGCAAAAGUUUCAGAGUAAAAUGCUGUGCGACUUCGAGCAGCGACUAUCCUGCAUGAUAGAGGAUGUGCUGCAGGACUUGCGGCAGCAGGAGCUGCGUGCGCACGAGUUCCGCCAGUUCGAAGGUUCCAGGGGCAGGGUGGCCAACCCCAGCUCCACUUGGCACAAUCGUCAGCAGCACACUUCUUCAAAAUUGCCGGAAAGUGACGUCAGCGACAGUCCAAAUUGGCGGCCAGAUGCCCAAAAUCAGACGACGCCAAAACAACAGCAGCAGCAGCAGCAGCGACGAGAACAACAGGAACCGCAACAAAGAACGCGACGUCAGCUGCCCGACAAGGUGUUUUUAACGCGCGAAUCGUACCUGACGGCGCUGCUGCAGGUGGAGCACAUGCGCACCAUCUAUCACAUAUUCUCAAUAAUUCUGGUCAUGUUUUUGCUGAACGCCAUUUGCUAUGACUACUUUGUCGAUGGCCAUAUCAAUCUAGGACUGGGCACGUUUCGUGGCGGCCUCAGGCGCCUCCACUGGGUGCUAGGCGUCUGGUUGCUGGAGCAUGUCUUUGUCCUGGCGUUGUACUUUGCAUUCCAGGGCUGGGCGCUGGUGCGUGCUAAGCUGCCAUCCCAUCGAUCGCUUCAAAGCUUUUGGUCGCACAGCUGCCUGAUCAUGUACAUAAGCGCCCAGCUGGUCUUUGGUUAUGUCUCCACCUCGCUUUGCCUCAAGUUCCAGCUGCCCUUUGUCAGUGCCUGCAUAUUGCUGCUGGAGAGCACUCGUUUGCUGAUGAAAAUGCACGCGUUUGUGCGUUACAAUGCGGCAAGGGUGUUGGAGGGCAAGCAGAAGGCGGAUGACAAUGUGGCUUCUGCCCGUCCCUAUGUACCGCCCCUGCAUUGCUAUGUCUAUUUUCUGUUUGCACCCACCUUAAUCUACCGAGAUAGCUACCCACGCACGUCGCACAUUCGCUGGAAGUUUGCGCUCUGCCGCCUUAUGGAAAUGGUCGCAGUUGCCUUCCUCUAUGCCUUCAUACACGAGCGUCAUAUCAACGAGCAUUUCGGGAACUUUGGCAAGGAGGCCCUGGGGGCAUCUCAGAUAAUUGUUAAGCUCUUUGGCAUGAUGCUGCCGAGUGCAGUGAUAUUUUUAUGUGGCUUUUAUAUGAUCCUCCAUUCAUGGCUGAACUUUACGUCGGAGCUGCUGCGCUUCGGGGAUCGCAUGUUCUACAAGGACUGGUGGACAUCGCACACCUACGAUGGCUACUAUCGCAACUGGAAUGUGGUCGUCCACGAUUGGCUGUACGAGUACGUCUAUAGGGAUGUGUACAAGUACAUUUUUAAGGGCUCCAAGCUGGCCGCGUCGCUUUUGGUGUUUAUGAUAUCGGCGCUAGUGCAUGAACAGGUGCUGGGAUUUGCGCUACAAGUAUUUUUCCCCGUCAUGUUUGUGUUCUUUGGUGUUGUGGGCGUGUCAUUGGUGUUCCUCAUGCGUAGCGCACCCAAAACGCUAGGCAACAUAUUCCUUUGGUUCUCGCUCAUCUUCGGCAAUGGCAUGCUGAUCUCAUUAUAUGCCAUGGAGUAUUAUGCGAAACGCAAUUGUCAGCUGACCUACGAGCGCUGGGCGGACUAUUUAACGCCUGCGGUUUGGCGUUGCUAUCACUAGCAAAAUAUUGAAUCGA